GUCUCCUUGGAUUAGCUUGUUGGUCGAGGAUUUGCCUCCAAGGUCCGGCAGCGAGCACACAUGAAGGAGCCGGCGAUGCAUUUACCUUGUAACUUAGUUUUGACCCUAAUUGCUGGAAUUCUGUUAACUUGAGAUAACACCACCGCAAUAAUUCACCCAGCGUAUGUUCUAGCUGCACAGUUUAGCCAGCAAGCUAGUGUCAACAGAAGUCAGCUGUGACUGGGAUCUGUGUUUUGGACCCACCUGCUUCAUUACUGUUGUUGUGACACAAAUACACCCGAACCAGGACCGGACCCGUCGACAUGAGGCUUUUAAGGGCUUUGAGGAGCAGCCUGUCGAAUGGAAAGGAUAUUGACUAUUAUUCAAAAUUUUCUCCUUCUCCUCUUUCAAUGAAGCAGUUUCUGGAUUUUGGUUCAGAAAAUAGAUGUGAGAAAACGUCCUUCGCCUUCCUCAGACAGGAGUUGCCCGUGAGGUUGGCAAACAUUAUGAAGGAGAUCAACUUGUUGCCAGACAACUUACUGAGAACUCCGUCGGUCCGUCUGGUCCAGAGCUGGUACAUGCAGAGUUUUGAGGAGAUUCUGGAGUUUAAAGAGAAAAAUACAGACAAUGAAAAAGUAACAUUUGACUUCACAGAUGCCGUGAUAAAGGUCAGAAAUCGCCACAACGAUGUGAUUCCCACCAUGGCUCAGGGGGUGGUGGAGUACAAGGAGACGUACGGCACGGACCCGGUCGUCAGCCAGAACGUUCAGUAUUUUCUGGAUCGCUUCUACAUGAGCAGGAUAUCCAUCAGGAUGCUGCUCAACCAGCACACUCUUCUGUUUGGUGGGAAGGUCAAAGUGAAUCCUGCACACCCCAAACAAAUCGGCGGUAUUGAUCCACACUGUAGCGUCAGCGACGUCGUCAGAGAUGCCUACGAAAAUGCAAGAAACCUCUGUGACCGUUAUUACAUGAACUCUCCCGACCUGUUUCUGGAGGAAUUUAACGCCAAAGAACCUGAGAAACCUGUCACUAUGGUCUACGUUCCAUCUCACUUGUACCACAUGGUGUUUGAACUAUUUAAGAACGCCAUGCGCGCUACCAUGGAGUUGUACGGAGACUCCAUGGAGUAUCCGACCAUCCACGCACAAGUUGCUCUGGGGACCGAAGACCUCACAGUCAAGGUCAGUGAUCGUGGAGGCGGCGUGCCGCUGCGCAAGAUCGACAGGCUGUUCACGUACACGUACUCCACGGCUCCUCGACCCAGCAUGGACGUCGCACGCGCUGCUCCUCUGGCCGGUUACGGGUACGGCCUGCCCAUCUCUCGACUCUACGCCCGGUACUUCCAGGGGGACCUGAAACUCUACUCGCUGGAGGGUUACGGGACCGACGCCGUCAUCUACAUCCGGGCGCUGUCCACAGAGUCCAUCGAGAGGCUUCCCGUGUACAACAAAUCUGUCUGGAAACAUUACAAGACCAUCCACGAGGCCGAUGACUGGUGCGUCCCCAGUAAAGAGCCGAAGGACAUGACGACGUUUCGUAGUUUCUAAAGCCAAAAUGACAAAUGUUCUCGUAGCAUCGACUGUAUCUGUAUUGGUAUUAUAUAGAUUUGUUUGUACAGGUAAAAAAAAAAAACCUUCUUUUUGAAAGAGCCCCAGAAAAAAUCAUCAAUAAUAAGAGAAAGUUAAAAAUAAUUCUUCGACGCUUUCAGAACAAGCUUCAGAAUGCAGCUCAGUUCUCGUAGUUUGAUAACUUUUGCACCAGCGAUCAGGUACUUUUGUAAGUUUGGAUGCAUGAACUGAUGUUGAGACCUCAAGGUGUUCAGAGCUUUUAGUUUGCAGCUGCUUUUUAGUUUUGCUUUUCAUACACUCCUAGUGUGCAUUUUCUCCUAAGAGAGAAAAAGGCUUUGCUUCUUUAGGGGCAAAGAAGAAAAAUGUGAAUUAGUUGCUUUUACAUCUGAAGCCAGUAAGAUAUUUGUUUUUGGUUAAAAUGUUUGAUUUAGUUCAAGGAUAAUAGUUACAAGAACUGUGAUCAAAGAAGUUUGGAUUUGUUGUUUGUAAAAGGCGGUUUUGCACUUAUUUUCCCUGCAUGUUACACGAGGCAAGCGGAUAACUAGAAUCCAUUACGGCUGAUAGAAAAUAGUAGGCUGACAUUUCUGUUACAUUUUCUGCUUUUUAUUUGCAAAUAAUAUUCUGCACCUUUUGAAUAACGUUUCUUGAGAGAAUCUUGUCGCCUGCGACUGAACGUAACAGUAUACGGGGUUCUGUGUUUGUAUUAUAACCAGGUAAAAAAUCUUCAGUUGAGGAUUUCUGUGUUUCACAAUGAGCAUCUCUCUGGCGUGGAUCAUGUUUAGCAAGUGGUAUUUUAGGUAUCAUUUUGUUUAAAAGCUCUAUACAAGUGGAAGAGGGAAACAAAAAUGAUGCUGGAAAGUGUGUCGCGGUAUGAGAUUGUGUUGGAGAUCAGACUUCAACGUUGCCUUUGGUCAAACUGUCAUCAAAGGGGAUUAAAAGAUCAAGUGUUGCAGUAUUCAUCAGAGAGGAUGCCUCGUUGGUGCAAAUGUGAGAAUAAAUUAUCGUGUUCAUUCUUAAAAGGCUGGUGUUCUUUAAACGCUUUUUUGAAGGAAUGAAGAGGAGGAGGCAGAAGUCACAAAGUGAAAACUGGUUUAUUGAUCCUGGAUGUAGUAAGAAUUUUCUGACUUCGAGGAUUCAGAAAAGUUUUUCUCAUAGUUCAACAUGUUGUAUUCUGGACAGAACAUGGAGUCACUUGAUAAAGAAACAAAGCACUUUUA